CCUCCCCCAUCGCAACAUCCAGGGCCAAUGCCAAUGGUUGACCUCGCCGCCUUCAAGUCUGGCCUGUCUGUCAUUUCAGCCUAUAAGUUUUCAGCUUCUUCUCCAUGAAUUGGCACUUCCGUGUAGUUUGAACCAAACAGGCUUUCCAACCAUUGGGCGAACAUAACAUGCCUUCUGCAAAAGGGGCAGUAACUGCUGUCAAUGGUGUCGCCAACGGCCAUGCAAAGCCAGCAGUUGUUGUAACAACCCGGGAGAAGAGAUCGAUUGACUCCACAGAUGAUGAGGUCAUACCAGCAAAGAGGCCAAAACUUUCAGAGAGGACAGAUUAUACAAAAUGGCGAAUGUUGGACGAGGGCGGAAGACAGACAUGGCACUAUUUGAACGAUGAUGAAGCAAAGGAGUGGCCUCAAUCAGACGCCGACAAGUGGUACCUAGGUCUGCCAUUGAACCUGCCAGACUUACCUACGGCAAAGACUCCUCUCGAUUCUGUCAAGAAUGGCCUUGAAUACUACAAACAUCUGCAGCUUGAACCUGGAAACUGGGGUUGUGAGUAUGGCGGACCUAUGUUCCUUCUGCCAGGGAUUGUCAUCGCAUGGCAUGUUACCGAAACAGAGAUUCCAGAUCACGUCGCCACCGAAAUGAAGAACUACCUCUUUGCAAGAGCAAAUCCCGAAGACGGAGGUUGGGGACUACACAUCGAAGGAGAGAGCACAGUCUUCGGGACUGCCAUGAACUAUACAUCGUUACGUAUCUUGGGUGUCAGCGAGGAGCAUCCAGUUAUGAUCAAAGCCAGGGGUACGUUGCACAAAAUGGGCGGUGCCAAGGCGGGUCCUCACUGGGCGAAGUUCUGGCUUAGUGUUCUUGGAGUUUGCAAAUGGGAGAUUGUCAAUCCUGUCCCGCCUGAGUUCUGGCUUCUACCUGACUGGGUUCCUUUUGCCCCAUGGCGAUGGUGGAUUCAUAUGCGGAUGGUCUUCCUUGCCAUGUCUUUCGUUUGGUCUAGUCGUUGGACCUACCCAGAGACAGAACUCAUCCGAUCACUUCGACAGGAACUGUUCGUGGAACCAUACGAAUCUAUUAAUUGGUCAGAACAUCGAAACACUAUUUACGAAAAAGAUAAUUAUCAUCCAAAGUCUUGGCUUUUGAAGACUGCCUUUUGGCUCAUCCAAAAAGUACAUGUUCCGUACACGAGGACGACCAACCUGGCCAAAAAGGCAGAAGACUGGGUUUGGAAACUCAUUCAGAUGGAAGACAAAAACACUGAUUAUGCUGCUCUUGCACCAGUCAGUGCAGCGAUGAACCUUCUUGUCUGCUUCAUAAAGGAAGGACCAAAUUCAUAUUCUGUCAAGCGACAUCGUGACCGGAUGGCCGAUAAUCUUUGGGUCAAUGCAGAGGGAAUGUUAGCCAAUGGCACCAACGGAGUUCAGUGUUGGGAUACUUCAUUCUCAAUUCAAGCGGUAAUGGAUGCUGGUCUGGCGGAAGACCCGAAAUGGAAACCUAUGCUCACGCGUGCUCUGGAGUUCCUGGAUGAUCAACAAAUUCGAGAGAAUGUUGAUGACCAGGCUAUGUGUUAUAGGCAACAGCGAAAAGGUGGUUGGGCUUUCAGCAACAAGGAUCAGGGAUAUGCUGUUAGUGACUGUAUUUCGGAGGCACUCAAAGCGGUUCUUCUGCUACAGCGCACCCCUGGAUACCCGACACUGGUCGAUGAUCAACGCAUCUACGAUGCAAUUGACACACUUCUCACCUACCAAAAUGCAUCUGGAGGGUGUGCAUCAUAUGAGCCGACUCGAGGCUCUGAACAUUUGGAGAUGCUCAAUGCAGCUGAAGUGUUCGGCCGAAUCAUGAUCGAGUAUGAUUAUCCCGAAUGUACAACUGCUGUCGUGACAGCCCUCUCUCUCUUCACAAAACACUACCCUGAUUAUCGAACCGAGGAUAUCAGAGCAUUCAAAGCAAGGGCAGUUCAAUAUAUCAAGAACGCACAGUACCCGGAUGGCAGCUGGUAUGGCAGUUGGGGAAUCUGCUUUACGUACGCUGGCAUGUUUGCCCUGGAAAGUUUGGCAAGUAUUGGAGAAUACUAUGAGAAUAGUACUUUCUCAAAAGCUGGGUGUGAUUUCCUCUUGUCAAAGCAGAGAGAAGAUGGCGGCUGGUCUGAAAGCUAUAGGUCCUGCGAAUUAGCCACCUACGUCGAGCAUCCAACCGGCUCCCAAGUCGUCAUGACAGCAUGGGCCAUCAUUGGCCUGCUUGAAGCCAAAUACCCCCACCGAGCACCCAUCGAGAAGGGACUCAAGCUCAUCAUGAGCAGACAGCAAACUAACGGUGAAUGGUUGCAGGAAGCAAUUGAGGGUGUCUUCAACAAGAGCUGUAUGAUCUCGUACCCGAACUAUAAGUUUAUCUUCCCGAUCAAGGCGUUGGGCAUGUUUGCAAAGAGAUAUGGUGAUACGGCGUUGCCGUAGAAGGGAAUGCGAAUUCUGGACUUGGAGAGAUUAUUGGCUCUUACGAUAAUAAUUAAUCUAAUGUAAUAUUUCUAUGAUUAUUUUUGAACGAGUCUCUAUAGUGCAGCACAACCCUAUGACUUCUUGGUAACGG